AUGGCCUGCGCCGCGCCAUUUGAGCUAAUGCCACGUUGCUGCCACGGUUCACGGCCCUCUCGCCGGCCCUUUUCCCACCUGGGCCGAGCUAGUUUCGGGUCAUCGACCCCAUUUUCCGGGUCGCGACCCGAUUCGAAAAGCCCGAGCCUUUUUCUCGCGGCCGGCGGAGAAUUUCGACCGCGAGAUCUGCAUGCAGCCUGGCGGAGGCAGGGCGGCGGGUCCGCCGUCGAAAGGCGUCGUCGGGGGUCGUGCGGUUUUCAGGCGAGGUGCGCGGCGGAGGGGCUGGAGAGGGGCCUGUUCGCGGGGCGGCGGGAAGGCGGGUUCUUUCCGGCGGAGAGGUUCAGGGUAGCAGCGCUGGUGGCGGCGGUCAUGUGCCUGUGCAAUGCGGAUCGGGUCGUCAUGUCGGUCGCCGUCGUCCCCCUCGCAGCCAAAUACGGGUGGUCGAGCUCGUUCUUGGGCAUUGUCCAGUCAUCCUUUCUAUGGGGAUACAUGUGUUCCUCAGUUAUUGGAGGAGCUUUGGUGGAUAAAUACGGAGGGAAACGGGUCAUUGCGUGGGGUGCGACUCUGUGGUCCCUAGCAACCCUUUUCACUCCACUCGCGGCAAAUCACUCGACAGCAAGCCUCUUUGCCGUCCGAGCUUUCUUUGGAUUUGCCGAAGGUGUAGCCCUACCUUCAAUGAACAACCUAUUAUCGAGAUGGUUUCCGACCACUGAAAGAGCGACAGCUGUAGGGAUAUCUAUGGGAGGAUUUCAGCUCGGGAACUUGGUGGGUUUGGUUUUGACUCCAUUGAUGAUGUCAUCAAUCGGUAUUUCCGGUCCGUUUAUUCUCUUUACAUCUCUCGGACUUCUUUGGCUGAUUACGUGGACACAAAGGGUCACCAAUGACCCUCACGAGAGCACUUUUGUAUCUAAAUCCGAGUUACGAUUAAUCCAAGCUGGCAAAUCUGAUGCUUGUGUGGCGAAAAAGUGCAAUUUUCCACCACUCGGGCACCUUUUGUCGAAAUUGCCAACUUGGGCUAUAUUCUUUGCUAACUUCACUAAUAAUUGGGGUUAUUUUGUUCUUCUAUCAUGGAUGCCGGUUUAUUUUAAAACUGUGUUUGAUGUGAACUUGAAGCAAGCAGCUUGGUUUAGUGCUGUCCCGUGGGGAACAAUGGCAAUCUCGGGCUACAUUGCGGGGUCCACAUCAGACUACUUGAUUAAAUCGGGUUUUUCGAUUACAUCAGCAAGGAAAAUCAUGCAGUCGAUAGGUUUUAUCGGGCCGGGAGUUUCUUUGCUUUGUUUGAAUUAUGUAAGCAAGCCAACUGUAGCAUCCAUUUUUUUAACUCUAGCCUUGAGCUUGAGCUCGUUUAGUCAAGCAGGAUUUCUACUUAACAUGCACGAUAUUGCGCCACAAUACGCAGGAUUUCUUCACGGUAUUUCUAAUUCAAUUGGAACGCUAGCGGCAAUAAUAAGUACAAUCGGGACUGGGUUUUUCGUGCAGUGGCUAGCACUCGAAACCAGCGACGAGGCGGUGGCACUUCGUGGGGACCCUUUGCAGCAUUUUGUGCUUGGGAAUGUGCCAGCCACUUUUGGGCACCCCUUUUGGUCUUUGGUGUGUGAUUACAAGAUGUUUGGUUUAAUGCUCACUGGCCAAAUGGAUAGGGAGAUCAAACGGCUCGGUAAGAGGCCCGUUUUGCAAGCGUAUUAA